UACACAGUAGUGAAGAAGAUCUCUGGUGAGUGUGAGACACCCAGCAGCCAUCCUCGUGUGUCAGGCGGACUAAGCAGGACCCACAGCCCCACCACAGUGCCUCCACCUCACUCACUAAUACAUGAGAGACACAGUGACCAGAAGAUCCUGGAACUCACCAACAAGAUCAUUCAGCUCCUGAUAGGAGAGGAGAGGGAGUAUAUAGAGGAACACAGGGGUCUAUACAAGGACGUGAUGAUGGAGAAUCACCGUCCCCUCACAUCACUGGAUGGGCCCAGUAACAGAGAUACCCCAGAGAGAUGUUCCCGUCCUCUGUAUUCCCAGGAUUGUACAGAGGAGAAUCACAGGAUCCCACAGGAGGAUCAGGUAGAACGUCUGUCUGAUAUUAAGGCAGAAGAUAUAGAGGAAGAAGAAGAGACGUAUGUGAUGGAUAUAAAGGCAGAAGAUAUAGAGGGAGAAGAAGAGACGUAUAUGACUACUAUAAAGGCAGAAGAUAUAGAGGGAGAAGAAGAGACGCAUGUGACUGAUAUGAAGGCAGAAGAUAUAGAGGGAGAAGAAGAGACGUAUGUGACUGAUAUAAAGGCAGAAGAUAUAGAGGGAGAAGAAGAGACGUAUGUGACUGAUAUAAAGGCAGAAGAUAUAGAGGGAGAAGAAGAGACAUAUGUGACUGAUAUAAAGGCAGAAGAUAUAGAGGGAGAAGAAGAGAAGUAUGUGACUGAUAUGAAGGCAGAAGAUAUAGAGGGAGAAGAAGAGACGUAUGUGACUGAUAUAAAGGCAGAAGAUAUAGAGGGAGAAGAGGAGACGUAUGUGACUGAUAUGAAGGCAGAAGAUAUAGAGGGAGAAGAAGAGACGUAUGUGACUGAUAUAAAGGCAGAAGAUAUAGAGGGAGAAGAAGAGACGUAUGUGACUGAUAUAAAGGCAGAAGAUAUAGAGGGAGAAGAAGAGACGUAUGUGACUGAUAUAAAGGCAGAAGAUAUAGAGGGAGAAGAAGAGACGUAUGUGAGGGGUGAUCAGCAGUGUAAGGAGGAGGAGAUCCCUACAGAUAUCACGUCUUACACGCAUAUUGGAAAAAGUCGCUCCAACAACUAUCUGACGGGACACAACAACGCUUACCCACGGUACAAGUGCUGUCUCGACGGGCGUCUGUGUCGGAUAUACUAG